CUCAGCUUACACCCAGCUCGCUCCCCUUGCGAGUCCGCUCUUUUAUUAUUUAAUAAUAAAUAUCCCUUAGCUCCCUCCUUCACUCCCAAGGUGGCACAACAUACCGCACUCUCCCGUCCCCAAUCAUCAGCCAUCUCUCGCCAUGGCUGUCGCCGCCACCGACGAGAAGCGCAGUGAGCGCCUCUCCUCAGACGACAAGACUGAGGUUGGCUCCGCCAUCUUAGAUCCGACUUCUGACGCCAAGCUCGACUCCGAGAAGCGUCAGACCGAGCAGGUCGACGCUCAGAAUGGCGCCCAGGACACACCCGACUACCCAGGCGGCCUCAAGUUGGUCCUGAUCCUCUUCUCCCUGUGCCUGGCCAUCUUCCUCGUUGCCCUGGACCAAACCAUCAUUGCCCCUGCUCUGGGCGCCAUCACCGCCGAAUAUGGCAGUGUCAAGGAUAUUGGUUGGUAUGGCUCUGCCUACUUGCUCACCACCACGGCUCUUCAGCCCAUGUAUGGAACUAUCUACAAGCUAUUCAACGUCAAGUUGGCCUACCUGGCUGCCGUCUUCAUCUUCGAGGUUGGCAGCUUAAUCUCCGCCGUGGCUCCCUCUUCCGUCGCCUUCAUUGUCGGUCGUGCCAUUGCCGGUAUUGGAUGUGCUGGUCUCUUUUCCGGUUCCAUCGUCAUCUUGUCCCUCAUCAUGCCUCUUGAGAAGCGACCUCUUGCUUUCGGCCUCAUCGGUGGCAUGUGGGGUAUUGCCAGUGUUGCUGGUCCUCUCCUCGGCGGUGCCUUCACCGAGCACGCCACCUGGCGCUGGUGCUUUUACGUCAAUCUGCCCAUCGGUGGUCUCGCCAUGAUCAUCGUCUUCUUCUUUGUCCACGUCAACCGCAACUCGGCCGAAACCAAGGAUAUGACCUUCUCCGCCCGUCUUCGUCAGCUUGACCUCUACGGUGCCGCCAUCUUCAUCCCCGCCAUUGUCUGCCUCCUGCUCGCCCUCCAGUGGGGCGGCGCCGACUACGCAUGGAGCAACUCCCGCAUAAUUGGCCUCUUCGUUGGCUUCGGCCUCAUGAUUGCCGUUUUCAUCGGCAUCCAGUUCUGGCAGGGCGAUCAAGGAACCCUGCCUCCCCGCCUGUUCAAGAACCGCAACGUCUUGCCUGCCAUGUUGUUCUCCAUGUUCUUCGGUGCGGCCUUCUUCCCCCUUAUCUACUACCUCUCCCUCUACUUCCAGGCGAUCCAAGGUGUUAGCGCUGUGCAGGCCGGAAUUAAGAUUCUACCACUGCUGCUUUCCACUGUUCUCAUCUCCAUCGUGGCUGGUGGUCUCAUCACGGCCAUUGGAUACUACAGCGUCGUCAUUAUUCCUUGCAUGAUUCUCAACACCGUUGGUUGCGGCAUGAUCACAACCCUCGACGUCGACUCCCCCAUGAGGGAAUGGUUUGGUUACCAGGUUAUCGCGGGUCUCGGCAUUGGCGCGGGCUUCCAAAUCGGUGUGCUUGUUGUCCAGACUGUCCUUCCUCAGGAAUGGGUCCCUGUUGGCACUGCUUGCGUCCAAUUCUUCCAGGCCUUUGGCGGCGCCAUCUUUAUUGCUGUUGCACAGACCCUCUUCCAGAACGGUCUCAUCGACCACCUCAACGCCAGUAAUAUUGGUAUCGAUCCUCACGUCUUCAUCAACAGUGGUGCCUCCCAAGUCAAGGAAGUUCUUCAGAAGAUGGGCCGUGAAGAUGCUUACGAUACCGUCAUCGAGGCCUACAUGUCCGGCCUUCGAGACACCUUCUACAUCUCGCUUUCUUGUGCCGGAUGUGCGUUGAUCGCGUGCUGCUUCCUGCAGUGGAAGUCAGUUAAGAAGGAUGCCGACGGCAAUGACCGCAAGCCUGAGCCCGCCGUCCCCGUCUAAGAAGACGAGGCAUCUUUCUAGGAAACGCGGCGUUUGAUAUAGAGGAUACCCGGAUAAUCUCCACCCUGCAUCGCAUCUU